AUGACUGUUACACGAGCUCACCCCGUUCUUCGGCUCUCCGACAGCCCCAAACGCCUCCUAACAUCAGACAUGAUCUCUCCUCCCCUGUCGCCUGAAUCGGGAUUUGAUCCUAAUCGCGUCACUCCCGCUUUUCUCUCUGCCUUGGAAUAUGUGGCAACCAAGUUUCUUUCGAUGUCUAUGCAUGCCAGAUUCAUCGUCGCCCGUUUCACACCGCUCCCCAUUGGACAAGGGUCGAAUUUAAACAUCAUCCCUGUAACAACGCAAGACAAAGAAGCGUGGGCGCUGUGCAGCAAAUACGUCCGUCGGGCAGCAAAAAAGUACCACCUCUCCUCAAGCUGGAUGACCCCACUCGAUCUCCGCGACACACCAACGAUGCACUGGGAGCACAUCGUCAAACGGUCCCUGGUACAAGGUGACGUUCUUUUCAGCCACGAAGGGCUCUCGCUACUCAACAUCGACCAUGUUUAUUCCUUAAAACAGCAGUUAAAUGCCCUUUCGAGAAACAAAACGGACCAUAUUCCGAAGCACAUAUAUCUCGAUAGCUGUCUCUAUUUGCUGAGGCAAACAAUGCGAGAAACGCAAGGCCGGCCAUUCACCCGAGGAUUCAUCCACUGUACAUACGACCAUCUCCAUGUCCGUGAUGAUCUCCUCCUUCUCCUGGCAAAAGAAUACCGAGCCCAAUACGGCCAAGAAGCCAUAGCCAUGUUUAAACCGAGACCGAAGAACCAGAGGGGAACAAAAUAUUUUAUCAAUUGUCGGGGAAGCAUGCAAAGACAGCCAAGCAUGCACCAAAAGCCUCGCACCCCGAACACUGCUACCGACGUGACACCCAUUACGAGAGUCGAGUGGCAGUUUUUGUUGGAACAAAGUUUGGCCCAUAUGCACACAGGAGCUUUUCGAUGA